GAUAAUAUAUCCUCUGACCACGUUUACCCAGAAAACCCCGCCAAAUCGCAACCCGCAACGAACCUCCAGCCUGUGCUGCCCCCACUCCCGCCUACACGACACUUCACCCUCGUCAUCUACCUCCCGCCCCCGCUAUAUAUACCCUCCUCACCCUCGUCGCCGUCUCCGGCACAGACCACGGCAGCAAAAAGAUCGAUCGAACAGGCGCGGCACAGCGAUCCACCCCAGCGUCAGAAGCAAAGCAAAACCGAUCGAGGAAAGAGAAUUUCAUACUGCGGCAAUGGGCAUCUGCGUGUCGUGCGACGCGGUGGCGGAGGGGGCGGCGACGGCGAGGGUGGUGAUGCCUGGCGGCGAGCUGAGGGAGUACUCGCAGCCGGCCACGGCGGCGAUGGCGCUGGAGGAGGCUGGCGAGGGGUGGUUCCUCUGCGACGCGGAUGGGGUCGGGUUUGAGGGGCGUGUCGUGGCCGUGCCCGGCGACGAGGAGCUCCGCCCGGGGCAGAUCUACUUCGUGCUCCACCCCGAGGCGCGGCGCCGCAGCCUUACCCGCGAGGAGGUCGCCGCGCUCGCGGUGAAGGCAAGCGCCGCCCUCGUCAAGGCCGCCGCAGCGGCGGCGGCAUCCUCCCCCGCGGGAGGCCGUCGCCGGCGCGGCGCGGUGGCGCCGCUCGUGUUCCCGCUCCCCGAGGAGGAUGACACGGCGGUGGCGGCGGCCGCGCCCAAGCCGGCGGUGGCGCGGAAGCGGCGGGUGGCGUCGCGAGGCGUGAGGGCGAGCAAGUUCUCUCCUGACCUGACCGCCAUUCCGGAGUCCGAGUAGAGCGCCCCGGCCUCGCCGCCAUGGCCAACGACCUCGAGACAGCGAGAAGCAUCAGUGCACUGUCUCACUGGCAGUGGGUCCCACGCCAAGGGGAGACGGGUGGGCCCAACUCGAUCGGACGGCUGGGAAUCCUUGUGAUGCUUUGAGCUUGCGCUUGCGUUGUGAUGUGUAGCAACGGUAGCCAGCCUGCGUCCGUUCUUGGUGCGGUUAAUUUAGGCGCCAAAAACAUGAGAAGAAAAUGUAGGUAGAUUUAAAUGUAAAUAUAAAUGAUACUACUACUACUAUUAUAAAGUAUAAGAAAUGGUGUGCUACCAACUGCCAAAUCACUGCCUAAGCUCAUAACUUCUAUUUGUGCCUUUUGCAUCUUCAAAAACUGAAAUUGUUGAAUGGCAUGUGGAUCAAAAGUUCAGAACACAAGAGUCAACAGACUCAUCUGAAUAAAAGAAUAAUCAAUCGAUUAAUCUACCAAGAGAGCAAAAUGUAUUCUCCAAUCUCUAGCUAACACACCGUCCAAUGUGCUCUGAAUUGAGAUAGUAGCUUUCUUUAUAGCCCAGUGUUCAUUUGGAAUCUUCAGCUCUGAAACUGCCAAAAAAAAAAAACCCCGAUGUGGUGUUCUCUUAGCCCAAAUAGAUUAUUGUUACCUAAACAUUUGUCAGCUAUCAAAUGGUCUGAACCUUGGUU